AUGGGCGUCAACGAUCCGACGCGCCGUUACGAGCAGAUCAUGGGCCGUCCCGUCAAAACCACCCGGAUUACGGACAAGAUGUGCCCGGAGCCCGAGGGCGGUCAGAUGUUGGUGGCGCCCGAGAUGGCGCAGCUGAAGUACUCGGUCGAGUUGCCGCUGGGGGAGCCCGUCGAUUUUGAUUGGGAACAACAAUUCGCCACCACCCCCCAGCAGCCCAUCCCUCUCAACUUUCAGCCCGUCACCGGGGCCGACAAACCGGCUCUCCCUCCGAAGUCUCCCACCUCGGCCUCCUCGAGCUCAUCCUCCUCCGCCGAUCUGCGUGGCCCACUCAACGUCGGGAUUCGCGUCAGCGCGCAGCGCCGCGGCAACCUCGGCCAUCUCCUCAUCCGCAACGCCGUCGAAAUCCACUUUGACCAGUCGACGAAUCGCCCGAAUGCUGAGCUGAAAGGGACGCUGAAAAGCGCCAGCAAGCUGCCCGGAAAUCCUCCACAAAUCGUCGAGCUCGUUUUCCGCUCCCCUCGUACGGCUCGCUCGCCGAACUCGCCGGCCAAGUCGGGCCACGCCUCGCCUACGGUCAGCCCGAACACACAGACCGCCAGGGAAAUCGAGAAGCGGAAGGAGAAGGAGAAGGAGGAGGCUAGCUCGGAAUCCCCAUCUGAAGCCGACCCGAGCGUGUGCCCCGUCACUGGCGUCUCCAUCGAGCGCCUCCGCGCCGCGUCCCCCGCUGAGCGCAGCCGUAAUACGGUAUCGACGGUGUCCCUCGGCCGCCCGUCCCGCUCCCCGCGCACCCGACUCUCCAGCGUCCGCACCGCGUACCGGGAUCUCAGUGGCCUUGGCGGGCAGCGCACCCCAGCCAGCAAGCAGGAGGAGGUGGUGAACUGCUCGACAAAGUCCGGCGCCCGCAGACUGUCAACUGGAUUCCCGACGGGCCAUCUCCCCGGCGGCACCGGCUCGCCCAGCCAGUCCAAGAAGAAGCCGUCUCCCGCCAAGAGCCACGCCUCGACCUCGCGCUCUUCCAAUUCAUUCUGCAAGACAACCCGCUUCGCAUCGAAGCCGAUCGGCUACCCGCCGCCCAAGCCCACCUCGCAGCACUCGUCGUCCACCUCAUCCAAAAGCUCGAAAUGCCGCUCCACCCGCUUCGCCGCCGUGCCCUCGGUGCUCAAGUCGCUCAAAUCGCUCAGCACAUCGGCCAGACGCACCCCGAAAAAGAAGGGCAGCAUCUCGCAGGCGCCGCUGGAUGAGACGCAGCCCAUCAGCGACGCCAUCAAUGAGGCCAUCGGCGUCUCAUGCGCGUCGAGCCCACGCACCCAGCUCACGCAGGCCACCCAGACCGAGCCGGGCAACAACUCGGCCGCCCGCGACACCUCCGCCACCACGCCGGCCAACCGCGUGGCCAAGCGCCACGACCUCAACAAGACGGGCCCGGUGUCGCCGCUGAAGCUGAACCAGCAGCAGCAGCCCCAGCGCGAGCCCGAGCCCACCACCGUCAACCCGAACAUCUCCAUCGUCAAGACCGACCAGGGCAAUCGGCUCAGGGUGCUCGUCCGCGUCGACGGCUCCCAGGCGGCGGUCAACGUCUCCGGCCUUCGCGCCAAGGUCAUCGUCCGCGCCAGCGGCGACCUGAAGCCGACCAACGUCGUCGUGCGCCCCGUCGACAAGAAAUUCCUCGUCCACUUCGCCUCCGAAUCUUUCUUCUUAACUCCUCGUCUCCCACACCCAACUCACGCCCUUCUCGCAGACCGCCUUCACCGAUUCUUCACCUCU